AUGCUGCAGCAGCUACCAAUGGAUCAUGGUGGCGGUAGCAGCAGCAGCAGCUGGCGUGGGUGUCGCGACAAGGAGAGCAGCUACGGCCACUGUCCUCCUCCUCACUCAGCUAGAUGCCUCUGCCUCUACCUGCUCCUAUCGCUCACCCUCUUGCUCGCCGUCGCCGCCGCGCUGCUCGCCUUCUUCGUCACGAGGCUCAAGAAGCCGGCCUUCUACCUGCAGUCCAUCCAGAUGGACAGGUCCUUCAGCCUGACGUCGUCGAACCGCAGCGCGGACGGGACGGCGGCGCCGUGCGCGGUGGCGUCGCUGGUGUUCGCGGCGCAGAACCUGAACGGGAUCGGGAUACGGUACGGCGCGACGGUGCUGGACGUGGCGUACGCGAACGAGUCGGUGGGCGCCAUGGACGUGCCGGCGCUCUACCAGCCCCCGCGGAGUGCCAACGUGACGGUGCUCAUGCACGCCGUGCUCGCGCAGCGGAACGUGACACGGCUCCUCGUGAGCGAGCUGUCGGCGCAGAGGAGCUACAUGGAGAUCAGGGUCGCCGGGCGCAUCGACGCCCGGACGCACAUCAUGAACUUCCCUCUUCCGAAAGUUCAGUUUUCGCUGGAUUGUAGAUUUGGAACUAACUACACCGACAUUGUGCUACGGGAAGGAAUCGAGUCCGUGAUGACACGCAAGGCUCUCCUCGUGUCUUCACUGCCCCAUCUCUCGCAAAAGUGCUCUAUCAAGAUUAACAUGAGGCCAAGACGAGCAAAGGGAAGAAGUCUUGAUGAUUUAGGUUGCUGA